UUUGAAGACCUUUAUUUGAAAAUUAAAUAGCGCACUGGGAGAUAACACUCUCUACAGAUUUCUCUUCUGAAGCUGUAUCGACAAAUAGAUAGUCAGUAUCAAACGUCCGAAUGUUGGAAUUUCUCAUGGUUGAUAAACUAGUGUGCCUGAAAAUAUGAUUAUCCUUGGUGACAAUAAUUUCGCCCCAUUCAUCAUAUUCUUUUUUAUUGACCUCAGUACAAUUUGGCUUAAUGUCUUGUUCAGUGUUAAGUAUUAUGUCACCUUUGUCAUCCCCACUCAGGUUGACAUCAGCUGUGCAUAUGUUCUGAGAGUUACUUCCAAAUCCUCACAAAUUUGUUGUUCAAGCUUUGUUUCCCAUAACUGUAAUUCUUAAAACUAUUUUAUUUCAGCUCAGAAUAUAA